AUGGGAGACGAUAGUCAAAAGGAGAAUAGCUACCGAUCGGCCUGCACAGAGUGUGCUCGCCGCAAGCAAAAAUGCAACCGUGAAUGGCCCUGCAACCAUUGUCAGAAGCGCAAGGUUGCCGACAAAUGUCGUUUCAAGGACGCCAACCAGCCCGCGGUCGAAAAGGCUGCCUCGGACAACCUUAGGAAGCGUCGACUUAACAAUGAUGCCAGCACCGAGUCGGAGGAAUUCGAUAUCGAUGAUACCGAGAGUGAUGGUAUUGAUGCCUUGGGCUACAUGCCGGCUCAUGUGCUUUUUGGCCUCACAGCGCAGGACGAGACUAUCAAAGCAUCAUCUCGAGAGUUUGUCAAGGACCCAAAGAUCUUUCCGCAGUUAGAGCGGGCCUUGCAGGUCAUCCCCCCUAGACCGUACACCGACAUUCUUGUCCAGAACUUCCUUAACAAUGUCAAUUUCCACUACUACAUCAUCUACCCGCCCUCCUUCUUAGAGCAAUAUCAGCAGUGGUGGAUUGCUCGUGGCGACAACCGCCCCCUCAGCGUCCAGUGGACCGCCCUCCUCCUCAUGGUCUGCGCAUGCGCCUCGCAGUACACCGACAUUGACCUACAGAGGAAGCUCGAAGUUGACCUUGGUGAUACCAUCCAGAGACUGACGGAGCAGUAUCAUGAAGCUGCUCGUGAGCUGGGGAGCACCAUCCCCAUUGGCUACAGCCACAUUACCAACGUCCAGCAGCUCCUACACUCGUGCUACUGGUUCAAAUCUGAGGCUCGUUUUGUCGAGUGCUGGCAUGUCUUGAACUCGGCUAUUCGGGAAGCCCAGGAACUCUCUAUCCACCAAGAAUCAAAGGCUGAUCCGGUCCCGGAGUUUGAGCUGGAGAUUCGACGAAGAGUCUGGUGCGUUAUGGAUACGUGGGAUUGGCAAAUCUCGGCUCUUCUCGGUAGACCCAUGAUCAUUGACCGAGCCGACUGCGAAGUUGGCCUUCCUAACCUUGGCCUAGAGGGUAUGCAGCAUUCGCCCCUGACGCACAUGAAGAUGCAGUCAAGCUUGAUCCGGCAGCUGUUUGGUCGAUUUGGCCUAACCAAGAACGUUGUUGCUCCUGCAGAUGUGCAGGAAUACCAGAACAUUAUUGAGGCAUGGAUCAAGGAUUUCCCUCCACCCUUCAAUGUCCAUAAUCCGGACAAGGCUCUGGAUGCAUCGUGCCCAUGGAUUGUCUUGCACCGCCACUACCUUCGGACUAUGGCAUUUUCCAUGCUGCUUGACCCUAUCCGAGCCUUCCUCGCUCGACCGUUCACCAUUCGUUCAUCCGAGGCUGAACUUCAGAUCCGCAGCGACGGUAUCGACUACUGCCUAGAGCUCAUGGUGUCCCUGCGUGGAUUCUUUGACCACGUGUACCCCCGUGACGCCAAGUUCCACUUCGUCUUGUUUUGUAUCUUUGAUACGUCGACUGUUCUGUGCUCGGCAGUCCUUCACGAUGAGCACCAUACUCUUCCACGACGGGACGAUGUCUUCAAGGCCAUAGACGAGGCGCACGCCAUGCUGCAGCGUCUGCGUAUGGUGACCAAGUCGGCCAAGACAUCGUAUGGUAUCCUGACUCGCAUCGUGCAGCGCCUGCCCCGAACGGUGGUGACUCCAAAGGUGGCUACAGGCAGCCCUUCGAACAAGAAGGCCCGCUUUGCCGAUGCUGAUGCACCACCCCAAACGGGCUCUCACCAGAGCGGCUCCCCUCCACUGAUCUCACCGCCUACGACGACUAUGACAGCACCAAUUACACCGGCAACAGCUGCUUCGUCCGCUGGUGCUCCCUCCAUGCCCAGCUUGCCCAUUGCUAGUAGCGGCGAAAUCUCAUCUGAAGCUUACGCCGCCCCGGCCCCGGCCCCCUAUAUCGAAUGGCAGCCGCAGAUGGUUGCGCAAGACCCAACCAACUUCACCACCACUCAACUGCCUCCUUCGGAUGCAGUUUUCGCCAACAUCUCGGACGAAGAGCUUGGAGAGCUGGCCAGCCUCUGGAACUACCAGUCUCUUGAUUUCAGCUUCAUCAACCCAUAA